GAGUUUCCUCUAGUGAUGUUUUCCGAGGAAAAUAUGCCAGAUCCACAGACUAAAAUAAACUACAUCUCAAAUUUCAAUGUCCUACCGAUUGUGGAAACCGCAGUAGACCCGGACGCUUGGUUUCGUGUUCUCGAUUCUCCACUUGGAGUUGUUGUAAGAUUUAAACAGUUGAAUUUCCAGUGGAGUGCUAAACUCGUGCAUCAUCAUCUGCUUAGCAACCAACUGGUAUGCGAAAACGAGCAUGAGUUGUGGUUUUUAAUCAGAGGACAGCCAGGGCGGUUUUCGCUUUUCGAGUUUGAGGAUAUCACAGCUCUGAACUGCUACGAACCUCCGCCGGGGAUUAAUUUUGAACAAUCUGAGGAGCAUAUUCACUUCCAUAGUCUUUUGAAGCUUCCUGUAAAAUGCCUGAGCCCAAGCAUUGAGGACAUAAAAAAGUUGUGUCAGAAUUCUGCUGCAGAGAUAAGUAAGUGGUCUGUGGACGAUAGGGUUAGGCUAUGUUAUUUAGCCAUUCUGUCUAACGGUCUCUUGGGUAUUGAUCGGCGUACGGGUAUCCUAAUUGAUCACUACAGAUUGAUAUGGGCUUAUGUUUACAUUCCCUCAGUGGGAAGAUCUCUAGGUUAUCCUCUGCCGAAUGCCACAGAUCGACCAAAGCUGCUAAGAUUCCAGGGUAAAGUUCGCCGGCUACCGACCGCGAACGUCUUCCAGAGUGAAUCGGUAUGCGAUCAUUAUCUUUGACAGAGUUCAAUUCGUUUCCCGCAUUAUCUGGCUGAUUAUAAUAUAUCGCUGCGUGGAGA